UGUCAAAUGUCAACACAUAAGAUAACCUUUAAGUUUAUUAUAAAUUUUUAUCAUAUUGUUAUUUAGUUUUUAAAAAUGGUUCAAGCUUGGUACAUGGAUAAUGAUCCAUCCGAUCAAAGGAAUGAACACCAUAAAAAUCCACCUGAAUUCGUUGAUUUAAAAAAGUUACAUGAUUUAACUGGGGUGCAAUAUUUUAAGUUAAAUAUAGAACAAAUUGAUUCUGAUGGUGUUUUGGAAGAGAUUAAAAAGAAAAAUGGGUAUACAUUUGAAGAUGAACUAAUUUGUUCCAAAGAAUGUUUGGCGAAUUAUGAAGAAAAAUUAAAAAUUUUUUAUACUGAACAUCUUCAUACUGACGAAGAAAUUCGCGUUUGCAUUGAAGGAUCUGGCUAUUUUGAUGUUCGGGAUAAAAAUGAUGAAUGGAUUAGGGUGGAGGUAACGCCUGGUGAUAUGUUGGUGCUUCCUGGGGGGAUAUAUCAUCGAUUUACUUUGGAUAAUAAGAAUUAUAUUAAAGCAAAACGAUUGUUUAUUGGGGAACCGGUGUGGACAGCUUAUAACAGACCCGUUGAUGAGAUGAGUUGCAGAAAAGAUUAUUUGGAAAAGUUGGAAAAAGGCGAAUUUGUUGGUGUUUAAAAUACAAUUAAAAAAAUUGUUUUCUAAUAAAAUACUUUUAAUUCCUUUUCUUAA